AUGAAUUUUUGGGCUUACUUGCCACCGGAGCGUCACCCCAUGGGAAGCUACUACAAGCUUAGUGAUCGAAAGCUUGGACCUCUUGAAGUUCUUGCACGCAUUAACCCCAAUGCAUACCGGCUCAAGCUUCCAUCCCACAUGAAGAUUCAUGAUGUUUUCAAUGUGCUCCAUCUUACACCAUUUGUGGAAGACUCUAGCAAUGAUGAAGAUUCAAAUUCAGAGACGAAUUCUUUCUUACAAGGAGGGAAUGAUGCAGCCCAAUUGCAGACAACAGCAGAAGGUGAUAGAGAGAGCAGGUCCAGACAAAAUACUCCAAAUUCAGUGAUUGGAAAGGUAGCAGAAAGAUGCAUCUCCAUGGCACUCUCUGAUUUCUAUGCAGUUCAUCCUAAUUAUAACUCAAAGAUUGUUCUUCAUGUGAGAGAUUCAAGAGGAGAUGCUGUUAAUGCCGCGUCUGCAGCACUGGAUUUGAUUAAAAAUGUUGGAGUACAAGCAAUUAUUGGACCUCAAACAUCUGAAGAAGCAGAGUUUUUGGCUAAGAUGGGGAGCAUGGCUCAUGUACCCAUCAUAUCUUUCUCUACUAUUAGCUCUUCUCUUUCUCCCACCCAAUUCCCUUAUUUCAUCCGAUUCGCUCAAAAUGAUUCAUCUCAAGUUAAAGCCAUUGCUGCAGUUCUCAAAGCUUAUGAAUACAAAGAAGUAACUCUUAUCCAUGAUAAUACCCAUCGUGGAACUGCAGCAGUACCAUACCUUAUUGAUGGCCUUCAAGAAAUUGGCACUCAUGUUCUUCGACGAAUUGUGCUGCACCAUGAUAUGAAAGGGUCAGAGAUUGAGGAUAUUUUGUGCGAAUUAGGAGGUAAAAGCACAAGAGGAGUCUUCAUUGUUCAUCUAUCUUUGUCCCUUGGUAGCCAAUUUUUCUUACAUGUCAAGGAGAUGGGGAUGAUGAAAUCAUCUGGAUUUUCGUAUAAAUGGAUUAUAAUGAGUGGACUCACAGAUCUCAUGAGAUACAUGGAACCUUCUCUGCUCAGUUCCAUGAAUGAUGUUAUAGGCAUUAAGACUCGUGUGCCAUUAUCCGGACCACAUCGAAGGUUUAUGGCUCAAUGGAGGAAACAAUUUGGAAAAGAUCACUCAAAGGAGAGAUUGCAGCUCAAUGUGUAUGGAUUAUGGGCAUAUGAUGCAACAUUUGUGGCUGCAAAAGCAGUUAAUAGAGCUAGUUUGUGUUUAAAUGGAGAGCCACCAUGGUCACCACUACUCUCAGAAAGCAAAGUAUAA